UCAUCGCAGUGAGAGAGGGAGACAGGAGGGAGGGACCACGAGUGGAGGCGAGCGCGGUCGCAGCAUCCUUCAUUUACGAUCCGAAAUAUCAAGAAGGCGAUCCUCCACCUCCCUCCUUUUUUUUGUUUUGUUGCUCCGGCCUCUUUGUUUUUUUUUUUUUUGUAGUUUUUUUUUUGUUCUUUAUUAUUAUCCUCUCGUGUGUAUGAUGAGCUCCAGCCUGCUGGAAAACCCCGUGCAGGCGAUUUUGUACCUGCGGGAGCUCACCACCAUCGUCCAAAACCAGCAGAGCCUCAUCCAGACACAGCGCUCCCGCAUAGAGGAGCUGGACCGGCGGGUGGAUGAGCUCAUCGGCGAGAACAGGCACCUGCGCGACGUCCGCGUGCAGCAGCAGCAUCCAUACCCGUCCUUCCCCCAUCUCCUUCAUCAUCACCAUCACCCCGACCCGGGCUGCCUCCACCAUCUCCACCUGGUGCAGGACCUCCAGACCAAGACCGCUGCAAGCUCUCAGCCGGACCACGAGGACGCUCCGCCGGUGCAACAGGACGAGGGUGACGUGGUGGUCCAACCCCCCGCACUGGACCCAGGGGACAUGCAGCUGGUUCCUGCCGACCCGACCAUGGUCUCCCCGGCGGGAAGUGACCCGGAAAACUGCGGAAGUUUCACCGGCUGCCGCUCUUUGGUUCCGAUGACUCCGACUACUCUUUGCAGAUCCCUGGCCCUCGCUAAGACGUCCGAAAACGAGACGGUGCUGCAUCAGUUCUGCUGCCCCGCCCCCGAGCAUCCUGAUGUAGAUACGGGCAACUCUUCCAGCAGCCAGUUGCUGAGCCUGGAGGAUGGAACGUCCUCUGGGGGACAGGAUGUGGAGGGCACCAAGCGGGAGGGGCCCAGCGAGUAUGAGAUCUCCCUGGAGAAUAAAAACAAACAGAUAGAAGAGCUGGAGCAGAAGUACGGAGGCCACCUCAUCGCCAGACGAGCCGCCCGUCGCAUCCAGACAGCUUUCCGUCAGUACCAGCUCAGCAAAAACUUCCAAAAGAUCCGCAACUCCCUCUCGGAGAGCAAGUUACCCCGCCGGAUCUCCCUGCGGCACCCUAGCCCUUCAGGGCGAAACCGGAAUACCGCCCAGAGACACAGUUACUCUCUUCAUCCGGGAGGGGGACAGAUACCGCUACGCUCCAAAACGCCGCCGCCUCCACCGUGUCGCUCCACAUCCCUGCCUCCUUCUCCUGCAUCCGCGGCAGCAGCAGCUUCCGCUCCAAGCUCAGGACCAGCACCCGCUCAAAGUCCCGGACCCUCACUUUCACAGCUGGAAGACUGCUUCUCUGAACAACUUCACUCUCUGACCCAGUCGAUAGAUGAAGCCCUCCGUGGUUGGAGCAUGUCAGAAGGUGGAGAAGGCAAAGGCCUCCUCAUGGACCCCAGUGCCCUUAGAGCAGCUGCUGAGAGUGCCUGCCUGCCCCGCAGCGCCAGUUCUCUUCUCAUGGCCUUCAGGGACGUGACGGUGCACAUUGACAGCAAUAGCUCCUACACCAUCUCCUCCGCCACCACCACCACAACCACCGCCUCGCUGGGCAACGCAGCCCAGCCGGGCAGCAGAAAGACCUCCUUGAGCGCAAUGGGCGGGGUAGAGUUCGGAGGAGGAGACGGGUUUUCAGCGGAAGGGAUGGAGCCGGAGUUUCCCGCACCUCCCCCCAGCGAGGAGCUGGAAAUGGUGGAUCCUGGGUCAAGAAGGGGAUCUGCCGUGCCCCUCCCAGGGGUGGGGGGAUUUCUAGAAGGGGAUAACCUCCUAGGCAGAGUGGGGUCCACCUCCACGUCUACCUCCACGUCCACCACCAUUGCAACCUCCACCCUGUCCAACCAGCAGCCUGCUCAGAUUUACACCCAGUACCAGCAGUACCACUACACGCACCCCCAGCAGGUGGCAGCGGGCACCAGUCCUGACGCCCUUCAGGCUCUGGUGGUCUCCUUGCCCAGGGACCGAUGCCAGGAUCCAGCUUCCUGCCGCUCUCCCACCUUCUCCACUGACACUCACCGCAAACGGCUCUAUCGUAUUGGACUCAACCUCUUCAAUGUGAACCCGGAGAAAGGCAUCCACUUCCUGAUCACGCGUGGCUUCGUCCCGGACACGGCCAUCGGCGUGGCUCACUUUCUGCUGCAAAGGAAAGGUCUGAGCAGGCAGAUGAUUGGAGAGUUUCUGGGCAACAGCAAGCUGCAGUUCAACAGAGAUGUUCUCGAUUGCGUCGUGGAUGAGAUGGAUUUCUCCGGCAUGGAGUUGGACGAAGCGUUGCGAAAGUUCCAGGCUCACGUUCGUGUCCAGGGCGAGGCGCAGAAAGCUGAAAGACUCAUUGAGGCCUUCAGCCAGCGCUACUGCAUGUGUAAUCCGGACGUGGUGCAGCAGUUCCACAACCCCGACACCAUCUUCAUCCUGGCCUUCGCCGUGGUCCUCCUCAACACGGACAUGUACUCACCCAACAUCAAGCCGCAGCGCAAGAUGGGCCUGGACGACUUCAUACGCAACCUGAGAGGUGUGGACGAUGGAGCAGACAUCCCCAGGGAGAUGGUGGCGGGCAUUUACGAGAGGAUCCAGCAAAGAGAGCUGAGAUCCAAUGAAGACCACGUCACCUAUGUGAGCCGAGUGGAGCAGUCCAUCCUGGGCCUGAAGACUAUCCUGGCCGUACCCCACAGACGUCUGGUGUGCUGCUGUCGCCUCUUUGAGGUCCCAGAUGCCAACAAACCUCACAAACAGAAACUGUCGCAGCUCCAGAGAGAGGUCUUCCUCUUCAAUGACCUGCUUUUGAUCCUGAAGCUGUGCCCGAAGAAGAAAAGCUCAGCAUCUUACACAUUCUGUAAAGCAAUGGGUCUUCUGGGGAUGCAGUUUCACCUCUUCAGCAAUGAAUACUACGCCCACGGGGUCACCAUGCUGAGCCCGUUUACCUCAGAGAAGAAGCAGCUGGUCAGCUUUUGCUCGCCGAGCGGGGAGGAGCUCAGGAAGUUUGCGGAGGAGCUCCGAGAAGCCAUUUCCGAGGUCAACGAGAUGGAGCACAUACACAUCCAGUGGGAGCUGGAGAGGCAGCAAGGCAUCCAGCCACACAGCAUCCACACCAAUGGAGGACAAGUGGAUGUGCACACGGGACACGGCUCCCCCUCAGGUCAACAAGAUGUGUACGAUAAAACGGGCAACAACAACACAGUGGAGGUGUCAAUUCACAACAGGCUGCAGACCUACCAACUGAGCCCGCCCAGCGUUGAGGCCCCGCCCCUGGCCCUGACCGCCCCGCCCGCCCUGCUAGGCUCCUCCCAGGCGGCCGAGCUCCGCCCGGAGACGCUCAUCCAGUGCCAGCAGAUCGUCAAGGUGAUCGUGGUGGACCAGAGCGGGCGGGGCCGCAUGGAGGCCUUCCUCAGCCAAGGCCCGGCCGCCCAUCAGCUCAUCCAGUCGGCCAUGUCCACCCCCGUGCACGUCAGGGAGGGGGACGGGCCCCAGCCACCCUUGCCGCCGCCCCCGCCCCCUUACAACCACCCCCACCAGUUCUGCCCGCCUGACUCGCCCAUGCCGCUCCAUCACACCAUGCCGCUCACUCGCCGCCGUAACUCCAGCGGCUCCCGCAGCAUCGUCUGACACGCCCCAGGGGUCCGCCCCGUGCCCACUCGCCCUUAUCCUCCAAACUAUUUUGGAGUCGCCGGCACUAAGAAGAGCAACAAUGCCUCCAUGACAAGACAACUAGCUCAAUCACCAUUGUCAACAUGGACGCCAUUUUUUUUGGAAGAAGAAGAAGACACAAACAAUACACGCCGCCCGGUAGCUGAAGAUGUCAGUCCAUCUCACCCUCUUUGAAAAGACUAUUUUGAUCCACAUUAGUUUACUAGAAAUAUGAAGGACGUACGCUUAUUUCCUCCCACAGGAGAACCACUCGCACAUGAAACCGAACAUCUCAGCACAACUAAUCAAUCCAUUUCUUUCUUAUCUCGCUAAUGUGAAGAAAAAAAAAAAGACAUGCCUAUCUGUGUCCUUUCUUAUUUUAGGAGAAGGAAUUUUCCGCGAGGCAAAAAAAAAAAAGGCAGUACUUCAUGUACAGAAUGAUGUCAUAUGGUCUCAUGUCUCAUGCUUGUCAAGAUAAAGUCGAUUCCAAGAAGGAGAGUCGGGGCCACACUGACAAUGUAAUUCCAAGAAGGAGUGUCGAUAAAUUGUGUGAAUACUCCGCGUACAUUCAUGAUUAAUGUGAUAACUUUUUAUGAAUAUUUACAUACAGUAUGUUAACUCCUUAUUUUGACGGCCCUAGUAUUGCUACACAUUCAUUUUCUUUACCAUUUUGUAAAUAAAAAGAAUAAAAUAUCAUAACAUCGUUUACAAGUGGGGAUGGAUACCGAACUCGCUACUUUUAUAGGCAUCGACCGAUUUAUGUCGAUACUACAAGGUUUCGAUUCACGUAAAAUCAAACCGUGCUAUGUUUCCAUACCUUGGUUGCACGUGAUCGGCUCAAGAAAAGGAUCAUUCAGGCAGCACUCAGCCAAACUCCCUUUAAGUAAUGUUGCAAUUUUCAACACCAACAAAACAAGUAUACUUGGCAAAAAAAAAAAAGAAAAAACGCUCAAAUGUAAAGUAAGGCUUCACUCUUUCCAAAUGCGCUAGCUUGAUGCUAAUUUAGAGUGUUUUUUCCUUAGACAAGCUACUUUUCACAUUAGCCAUUUUACCAGGCAAUUUCAACACCUCCAAGUUUGGCAAUGAAAACGACAACUAAGAUGAAUGUUACAAUCAAACAGCUGGUGUGUACUAAGCACAAUACUUGGAGUAUAAACACUUUGUAGGGCACAACGUCCUGAAAAAAAGAUACAGUUCUGCCAUCUAAUUUCCUGGAAGGUCAACUGCUUUGCAAAUGAGACUUAAACGUGUAAUAAAACAAACAUAUAUAUGACAGUUGUAACGCUCCUUUUUAAAUACUACAUUUAAAAGUACAAUUGUAUACUCAAACCAUUAACAUUGUCGCACACCAAAAAUCGGUGCUUUUGAAUAACCAGUAUCGAUACCCAGGUACCGGGAAUUGUGAAUUAUAUUUAUAUAGCGCUUUUUCUCUAGUGACUCAAAGCGCUUUACAUAGUGAAACCCAAUACCUAAGUUACAUUCAAACCAGUGUGGGUGGCACUGAGAGCAGCUGGGUAAAGUGUCUUGCCCAAGGACACAACGGCAGUGACUAGGAUGGCGGAAGCGGGAAUCGAACCUGCAACCCUCAAGUUGCUGGCACGGCCGCUCUACCAACCGAGCCAUGGUACCAUUUCGGUUGAAAUGUGAACGUUUCACAUCCCUACUUACGAUUUCCAAUAAAUUAGACCAAUUUCUCUCAAAAUAAAUAACGCUUUCUUCGCUUUACACCUGUUAAAAUAACAUAGUAGUUGUAGAAAACAUACUUUAUUUUCUGAAAAAGAGGACUUUUUUUCCUCACAAAACGGCAUUUUUUUAUUACUUUAACAUAACAUCCCCGUGCAACGUAUUUUUCGAAAAAUGUCAUUUUUUUCCCUGUAAUUCAACAUACGCCAUCUAAAAAAAAUAAAAAUAAAAGUGUGGCCCUCAUAAUCCUUCAUGCUAACACUGUUUAUGUCACAGGAAGUAAGAGCAAGUGCUUCCAUUAGCCAACAACGACCUCCUGUACUUUGACUAUUUACUUCUUUACUUCCCAUUGCGGACAUUUAUUCAUCAGCCAGGAAAUUCUCACUCGUAGCUUUAGUAGAACGAAAGGACAAAUAAUUGGAGGUAUGCGGGGUCUCGCCACCCCUCCCUCUUGCACUUUUACGUUCUUGCACAUAGAAAAAUAUGACAAAAAAAAAAUGCAGCGAUGCAUUUUUGUGCUGAAUGUGAAAUCAGGAAAAAGGAGCGUCGGGGUAGAGUGUUGGGUGAAAGUAGUCCUCACUUUUUUCCGCGGGCGCGCAUCCAAAUACGAGGUGCACUGAGCACGUCUGCUAACCUCUUUUGCACCGCAGAAUAUAUUGGAUAAAAUAUAUUGUACAUAGUUAUAAAUAUAACAUAGAUUCUAUUCAGAGAACGUGAUCCCGCGUCGACGUGCAGGUUUGUACAGAGAACAAUCUAGUUUAAAAAAAAAGAAGCCAAAAAAAAAGGAGAUAUAGUUGCUAUAUUCAGUGAGGGUGUUCUAAAUGUUAGCGUCAGCAGGGAGGAGGCUUUUAUAGACUCGGGAGCAGUUACCAUGGCAACACAAUCAUCAUUACAGUACCGUGUCAUGUUGUUACAGGAUUAUUAAGAGAUGUGUAAAGGGCUAUGCUGUUUUGGACAACACACACACACACACACAGCAGCCAAAGCAGUAAGAAAUUCAUCCUAAAAACUGCUCGUCUUCUUUUCCCUGCCUCCUUUUCGUCUUUUAAGCGACUGACUUGAUCCAGCAUGUUUGUUUCAAGCGACACACCAGCUUUGUAUCGCUGACGUCGGAGCACAUUGAUGUCAUUUUUCUAUCUUUUUUUCCAUUUAACUUCCUCCUCUUCCUCUUGCGCGGUUGUCAUGGAGAUGCACCCGCCUCAUGCAUCCUCACCGUCAUGAUGAAUAUUUGCAGCCUCACUGUAUUUCUAAAUCAAACAUAUGAUUUCUUCAAAGAUCAACACGUGGAUUAUUACUAGAAUUAUAGAAGAGGAAAAAAAAGAAGGGUGUUUCCAUUUUGUUUUGUUUGGAGAGAAUGAAAGAAUAAAGUAGUUUUUACUCUCUGUG